GGUACAUUAUAAAAAUAUCAAAUUACUUAUUCUAAUACUUGAACUAAUUAUUUUAUUCUUCAUAAUAGAGAAUGUUACAAAGGACAAUAGAUGAAGAAUACUAAAGUUACUCACAGUUACUCACUAUACAUGAUGAGUAACUAUAGUGAGUAACUCUGAAUGGUCUCACGAGUCUAAUGGUGGCCAUUGACAACUGAUACGCAUACAUUCAUGACUAUACGUGAUAAUGAAUCGUGAUAUCGCGGCAAAUAAACAUGGCGCCGAUUUGAUACUGGAGUCCUUUACUUCGGGCAAGCCGCGAGCCUUGUCGCAAUUUCCACAAACUCCGUUCUAUCGUCUGUCACGUCUGAUCGACGGGAAUUGGGACAAUUCACGAUACAACGGCUGUAUCGUCCAUAUUUCCAGAGAGAACGUUUGAUAAUCUGGCACGUCAUACAUGUCAAAAUGGCACGGGAAUAUGAUCACUUAUUUAAGCUCCUAAUAAUAGGUGAUAGCGGUGUAGGUAAAAGUUCACUGCUCUUGCGAUUCGCCGACAAUACAUUCAAUGGCAGUUACAUAACGACAAUAGGAGUGGAUUUUAAAAUAAAAACAGUGGAACUAGACGGUGAGAGGGUAAAACUCCAAAUUUGGGAUACAGCCGGGCAAGAACGUUUUCGGACAAUAACUUCAACUUACUACAGGGGCACACACGGUGUUAUAGUUGUAUAUGACGUGACUAGUGGCGAUUCGUUUGCUAAUGUUAAAAGAUGGUUGCAUGAAAUCGAACAGAAUUGCGAUGUGGUCAACAGGGUACUUGUAGGAAAUAAGAACGAUUCACCCAACGAGAAAGUUGUCUUGACGGAGGAUGCGCAGAGAUUUGCCAAUCAGAUGGGAAUCCAGUUAUUCGAGACUUCUGCUAAGGACAAUAUCAAUGUUCAAGAAAUGUUUCUGGCGAUAACACGGCAGGUGUUGAAGACCAAGAAGGAAAGGAAGGAACGCCAAGCUAUACAAACCAGCGAAACAGUGAAUCUGAGGAAAAGCACGAAGCAGCAUAAAAAGAAAUGUUGUUAACGGCAUUGUAUAAAUGCAUGAUCUAUUAACAAUUCUCUCAAUGACAGAAGUGAAUUAAAACAAAGGAUACGCGAUAGAAGAAACGUGUACUCAUAAACGUAAUGUUAAUGAUUCUUUUAAAACUAUUAAGUUUUAUAUUUAAAUUACAACAUCGAAUUGUGUAUUCUCCUAGAAGUAUACUUUGACGCUAGUAACAUACGAUAUACAUAGGAUGCGAAUAUCAUGAGUGUGUAGUAUUAAUUUAGCGAAAAUAAUUUUGUAAGCAACAGAUUUUGUGUUACGUGCUCUAAAAAUGUAAAGGCCUAUUUGUAUUGUACGACUUACGAAAGAAUCAGCACAAAAAGGAGAAAAAGAGAAUUAAAUUAAUUGUUUUUUAUUCGAGCUCUGCAUAACGCGACAUAAUUUAUCGAAAGUAUGGCAUUUAAAUGUAACGUAAAGUAACAUACAUUAUGCAAAGCUUCGUCCAAAUUGAGCAGAAUAAAAAUAUGAUUUAUUUAAGAUUCGUACGCUUACAGGAAAUAUUCUUUUUAACGAGUUACCAUAAGAGCCGAAUAUUGCUAAUAAUGUUUAAUGUUAAACACAAAAGAGGCGUUCAAUAUUAUUAAUGAGUCCAGAUAACGUUUAACAUUGAUUUUAUAUCGUUUAAGGUUCCUGUCAAUUAAUUUUUCUCUUGCGCUCUAAACGAAUCGAACUAUACUAAGCGAUAGAAAUUGUUUACGGUAUGGCAGAGGCAAGCUUUUUCAUUGGCAUAGAAAGCAUUCCAUUAAUUAACUCUUUGACUGCGAGACGAUUUUUGCUGGAAAUUUUAAGAAGCGUAGAGGUGUGAAUUUUAAAAAGAUAUCAGCUUAUAAGGAAUGAUAAGACGGAACUUUUUUCUAUUUAUAGUUUAUUUAUAGGACAUUCAGAAAUAAAAAUUAAAAACUUGAAAGAUGACAGUGAAAAGUAAAAAAACAACAGUCCAAUAAUCGAAUUUAAAAAAAAGUAUCACCUUAUACAGAAUGACAAAACGAAAUUUUCUUAUCUUUACAGUUUAUUCAUAGGACGUUUAGUUUCAAAGAUACAAAUUGAAAACUUGGAAGACCUUUUUGCCUGAAAUAAAAUUUUUGUAAUGAACUUCCAACUUUUCAACUUUUGUUUUCGAAACUAAGCGUCAUGUGAAUAAACUGUAAAUAUAAGAAAGUUUCGUUUUGUCAUUCUGUAUAAGGUGAUAUUUCUAUCAAAUUCAUCAAAUAAGUAAUUGCCAAGUAAUCCUUUUAUUUUCACCAUUCUAAAUGUAAUCGAAUUUGGAGAGAAAAGGUCUUGCAAGUUUUGAAUUUUCAUUUUUGAAACUGAAAGUUCUAUGAACAUUCUUAUCAUUCCCUAUAAGGUGAUAUUGUUUGAAAACUGAUUUAUUGUUUAAACAUUUAUCUGAGCUUAUUUGUCUAUACAUACGUACACAUACUUUAUAUAUAAGAACGUACUUUUCAACUUUUGUUUUCGAAACUAAGGGUCGUGUGAAUAAACUGUAAAUAUAAAAAAAAUUUCGUCUCACCAUCCUCUAUAGGCUGAUAUUUUAAAAAAAAAUGAUUUAACGAAUAUAAACAAUCUCAGCCUUUCUCAAGAGUAUAUGUAUAUAUACAUCCUUCGCAGUCAAAAGGUUAAAAAUUUUGUUUAAAUGUAUCGAGACGAGCUUUUUUUUUGUAUUUUAAAAGAAAAUUAAAAUCAGGCGAAAUUGUAACUUCUCGAUGCAUUGAUAAUCGAAUGUAUUUUUCACGGUAACAAUAAUUUUAGUACGGUAAUCUUGUGAAAAACUUGGCAAUGCAACAAUAUAAAAACGUAUGGAAUUGUAUCUGUAAGUAUGCGUGAAGAAAUUUCUGUUUUUUGCUUAUUUUUUUUCUUUUUUUAUAAAUAUGAUGCGAGCGAUCUGUAUUUGUAAUAAUAUUAUAGCUUAAAUUAAUAAUUCAUCGGCAUACGCGACUAAAGUAACCAAUCACUCGAGCAUUUUCACGUUUGCAAGCAAAAAGUUUUGUUAAUCGUUCCGAAAACCAUAUUUACUAGCGAAAUUGUUUGUGUAUUAAAAGGCAGAAGGUACAUCGUAGCGGGCAAAAUGUGCAAAAUGUGCAAAGUACGUAACAAUUUGUCAUGUUCGGUGAUAAAAUACGACACGAUCGAUAUGCUAUAAUAUGCUAUAAUAAUAUAAUAAAUGUCUUCUUUCCAUCUGUGAUAAUAGUUAGGAUAUCUACCCAGCUGCCGCUGUAAUACCGUUAUUAAUAAGUCCUUACGAGUUAUCACAAAAUUGAUGUUGCAAUUUUUUCGUCUGUACAACAUAUCUCUUUAACGAGACAUCGAUGAUGCGGCAUCCUAUCACGUGUAAAUAUUCUACUUGCCAGUUUUAGUGGCAUAUCACAAGUAUUCUUAUCGAUUAUAUUCAAUAUUGUUUACUGUUAUACAGUUAUAACAUUGUAAUACGAAUUAUUAUAUACUUUAAAAUAUUAAAUAAAUAGGACUUUACGUGUACACGUA